AGACUAGCAUAUUAUAUAUGUUAAUUUAUUACAAGGUUUUAUUUUAAAUCGGUUUCCAUAUUCCUUUCUAUUUACAACCUCUCGGAAUAUCCAUCUUCUCCCUCCUCUCUCUCUCUCUCUCUCUCUCUCUCUCUCUCGCCUCUCUGUGCUGCCUGCGGCAAAUUCGCUUAUUGAAACAGCGGAUCCGAGCGUGGGAUGAGAUGGAAAACAGAUAAUGGAAACGCCAAUUUGCUGUGUUUCUGCUUUUAUUUCUCUCGAUGCUUGUUUAUGAAGCCGCCUUGGAUGAUUCCGUUUAUUCCGCUGAUAUAAACUUGGGUUGUAGUCUCCACGGUGGAUGCCAAUUAUGGACAUAGCUGAAGUUGAAGAAAAUUUGUUUGCGGCUGGUGAUGCCAAGUUACAUGGAGGCAUGUGCAAGGUACUUUCUGCAAUAUAUUGCAAAGUGUUGGGAAUUUUCCCUGUCCUGGAAGCAGCACGGCCUAGGAGCAAAUCAGGCAUUCAGGCUUUAUGUUCGUUGCACAUAGCACUUGAGAAGGUUAAGAAUAUUCUUCAGCAUUGCUCCGAAUGCAGUAAACUUUACUUGGCUAUAACUGGUGAUUCUGUAGUUAUAAAAUUUGAAAAGGCAAGAUUUGCACUUGCAGAUAGUCUUAGGCGUGUUGAAGAUAUUGUUCCACAAGCUAUUGGUGGUCAGAUCUCAGAAAUUGUAAGUGAACUUGAGGGUACUGUUUUCUCAUUAGAUCCAUCAGAGAAGCAAGUUGGGGAUGAAAUAAUUGCAUUGCUUCAGCAAGGGAGAAAAUUUGACACUGACUGUAGUGACAAUAGUGAGCUUGAAUUAUUUCACCAGGCCGCUCUUAGACUUGGGAUUACAUCUUCAAGAGCAGCUCUUAGAGAGAGAAGGGCUCUCAAGAAGCUCAUAGAAAGAGCUCGUAUUGAAGAAGACAAGCGGAAGGAAUCAAUUGUUGCUUUUCUUUUGCAUCUUAUGAGAAAAUAUUCCAAGCUAUUUAGAAGUGAGUUCUCAGAUGACAAUGAUUCACAGGGUUCAGGACCUUGUUCACCCACUGUUAAGGAAUCUCUUGAGGAUGGUGGAGGACCUGGGGCCAACGGUCAGGUCUAUGAGCGACAUAUUUCCAAACUUAGUUCUUUCAGUUUUAGGCCAAACAAUAGAAGAUCGGGACUUAUGCCUGUUCCACCAGAAGAGUUGAGAUGCCCAAUUUCAUUGCAGCUUAUGUAUGACCCAGUCAUUAUCUCCUCUGGGCAAACAUAUGAAAGAAUCUGCAUUGAGAAAUGGUUCAGUGAUGGUCACAACACCUGCCCAAAGACUCAGACGCAGCUAGAUCAUCUUUGUUUGACUCCUAAUUACUGUGUUAAGGGUCUCAUAGCUAGCUGGUGUGAACAGAAUGGAGUUCUUGUUCCUGAUGGCCCCCCAGAGUCUCUUGAUCUUAAUUAUUGGAGGUUGGCAUUGUCUGAGAGCGACUCUGUGAAUUUGAAAUCAGUGGACAGCAUUGGUUCCUGCAAAUUAAAGGGAGUGAAGGUUGUCCCCUUGGAGGAGAGUGGUACCAUUGAGGAGGCUGAAGGAAAUGGAGUGGCAGAAGAGGAAGAUGUGCCUGCUCAUGAGGAUGAGACUGAGCUUAAUUUGUUGGAAAGAUAUGAGAAUUUCCUGAAGGUCUUGGAUGAAGAGCAAGACUUGAAGAAGAAGUGCGAAGUGGUUGAGCAGUUAAGACGCAUACUGAAGGAUGAUGAGGAGGCCAGGAUCUUUUUGGGAGCUAAUGGGUUUGUUGAAGCACUGGUUCGCUUUUUGGAGUCAGCUAUGUGUGAAAGGAAUGAAAUGGCUCAGGAAAUUGGGGCUAUGGCUCUCUUCAACCUUGCUGUUAAUAAUAACAGAAACAAGGGAAUGAUGCUAGGGACGGGAGUAAUUUCAUCACUAGAGGAAAUGAUUUCCAAUUCGAAAACUCAGGGAUCAGCGACAGCAUUGUAUCUGAACCUUUCCUGCCUCGAAGAAGCUAAGCCGACCAUUGGCUUGAGCCAAGCUGUACCUUUUCUAAUCAAGCUCCUUCAAACUGAAACCGAACUCCAAUGCAAGCUUGAUGCUCUGCAUGCACUUUACAAUCUCUCCACCCACCCGUCCAAUAUUUCAGGCCUCCUCAGGGCAGGCAUCAUCCAUGGCCUUCAAUCCCUUUUUUCGGCAUCCAGUGAGCACACGUGGACGGAAAAGUCUAUAGCUGUGUUGAUAAACUUAGCUUCUAGUAAAUCAGGAAAAGACGAAAUGGCUUCUUCCCUGGGCCUUAUCAGUGGCCUUGCUACUGUACUGGACACGGGCGAGCCGACAGAGCAAGAGCAAGCUGUGUCGUGUCUUUUGAUCUUGUGCAACGGGAAUGAAAAAUGCAGUCAAACGGUCCUGCAAGAAGGGGUGAUACCUGCACUAGUGUCUAUUUCUGUGAAUGGGACGGCGAGAGGUAAAGAUAAGUCUCAGAAACUUUUGAUGCUGUUCCGGGAGCAGCGGCAACACGACCCAUCACCUGUCGAGACGCAUCAACAGCAGCAGCCUGAGAAAAGCAACGAGGCUGUGUUGAUGCCGGGUCCAGAGCAGCCAAAUCCAUUUCAUAAAUCAGUUUCCAAAAGGAAGAUGGGGAGGGCAUUCAGUUUCUUAUGGAAAAACAAGAACAUCUCAACUUACUGAGUGUCAAAAAGGAUUUCUCCCCUGGGUGGAGGGUCAGUGAUGCAUGUAAAUUUCUGCUGUAUCUCCUUUCUUUUAAUUUUCUUUUUGUCCUGUCCCCAUGGGCAUAAUUUAUUUUUCUUGUUUUGCUUACGAAGAGAAAAGAGAGAAUGUACAGGCCCCUGUAAUUUAUGGAUUUUUGUUUCUACUUUUCUCUUGCCUUCCUCUUUUGGUAGGAGUACAUGUAUAUGUAAUUUAAGUGCUCUUAGCUAUAAUUGUAAUCAGGAUUAGGGCUUAGCUCAGCCCUGUUGUUUUCU